AUGUCGCAGGCAUAUUAUUUCACAAUUACUCAUACAAUAUACAUAUUAUUGUAGUAUAUCAGAGUAUCCUUCUACGUAUUUAUAAUUUAUAUACCAUUUUAGUGAUUUUAAGAAAGUAAUAAUAUUUUAGUUCUCAAUACAUAGUUAUUUAUUAACGUCCUAUGCUGGUAACAAAUGUUUCUCGUGUGCUACUGCUACCUGGUGUUUUAAGAUUUCUGGAUUGCUCAUAUCUGUUAUUGUGUUCUUCGUCCACUGUCAUAUGAAAUAUAAUGUUUUUUUGAACAAUUCAUAAGACUAUAUUAUUGUGAUCGGAUUAAAAUUUUAACAAACAUGUCGAACGAAAUACCCGAAUGUCCCCCUAGCUUAAAAUCAAUCCAACACUAUCUGAAGACCGCAGCUGAACAUGACACAAGAGAUCCCGUUGUUGCUUAUUGGUGUAGACUACAUGCUUUACAAGUUGGCCUUAAACUCACUUCCAAAAAAACACCAGAAGAAACUAAAGUUCUAAUGGCACUUAUGGACUGGUUGGAAGAAGCCAAGAAAAUCAACAAGGACAAUGAAGCAGUUAGUAAUGAAGUUGCAGCUCAGGCUCACCUUGAAAACUAUGCUCUGAAAUUAUUUAUGUAUGCUGAUAAACAAGACAGAGAGCAAAACUAUGGCAAGAAUGUUGUAAAGGCAUUCUAUACUGCUGGAAUGAUUUAUGAUGUUCUUACUACAUUUGGAGAGUUGACUGAUGAAGCAACACAGAACAGAAAAUAUGCUAAGUGGAAAGCUGCUUACAUUCAUAAUUGCCUUAAGAAUGGAGAGACUCCAGUUCCAGGUCCCAUGCAGUCUGAGGAUGGUGACCAAACUAAUGAAGGUUCAGCAGACAACAGCCAAGACACUACAACUACUCCUCAAGUGCCUGGUUUUCUACCAGUGACACCAGCAACUUUACCUAUCAUGCCAUCUAACUUCAAUAAUAGUCUACCCGAUCCUAAUACAGCAAUGAGAGCAGCUUCACAAUUGCCACCUGUUCCAUAUACUCCAGAUCCUAAUCCAGGUGGGUUUGUACCUUAUGAUCCAUCUGAACAGCCCCAACCACCACAACCCAGUGCAUUAUAUGGUGACAAUACUUCCUUCGUAGCUCAGCUUACACCAGACCAAAUAGCUAAAGCUCAGAAAUAUUGUAAGUGGGCUAGCAGUGCAUUGAAUUAUGAUGAUGUGAAAACAGCAAUCAACAAUCUGAGGAAUGCUUUAGAGUUGCUGCAAACUGGUCAUGAUCCUGCUUAAAUAUUGACAGUUGCAGCGCUAAUCUCAUAGUUACAUGUUAUGUUUACACCAUUUUUAUUUAUGUUUUAUAUAAAUGUUUACAAUAAUUAUUAGUUUAUAAAUAAUGAUCAAUUAUUUUCUCUUUACGUUAUUAAUCGAUUUUUAAAAUAACAGAAAAUUACGUAAUCUGUACAAUUACAGAUUACGUAACUCGAAGUUUGAAACAAACAUAUUUUAUUACAGGCAUAAAACAAUUCAUAAACAUACAUAAAUACAUUUUCUUGAAAAGGACUUAUGAAGAACAAUUAAUAAUAAGUUAGUUAUAUAUAGUUUUUAUUAUGUAGGAUCGAAACUGUGACCAUCAUCACCAUGUCUAGAUUUAUAAAUGAAAUUAAGCUUUAAUUGCUUCCAAUUACCGUUUGAAUUUAAAUAACGUAACAAAUUUAUUUUGUUGUGGAAAAUAAGCAGUGACUACGAUCAAUGCUUGCAAAGAAAAACAACCCCUAUACCAAGUGGCCUGGCCAAUGUGAUAACAUUAGAGUAAUAUCAGUAUACACCCGCUAUUGGGCGAGAUGUUAAUAGUACAUUAAUGGAUUAUUAAUGAUAUUUAAUA